CUUGUCUGCUGAAAGUCUUGAAAGCAAACUAUACAGAACAAUUUAAACAGUAGUCCUAAUUAAUUAUUACUCAAAAUGGAUAACUGCGAUUUGGAAAAACUAUCUGUUUCUGCAGGAACAUUGGAGCCUCCGUUCAAAGCAUCUAGUACUAGUUACAAAGUGACAGUCGCAAGUGGCGUAAAUAAAAUAACUCUCGAUGUACUCACUAGUGACAGCGGGGCUUCUUACCGGAUUGUUACUGGGGACGGUUCAAAAGUUAUUGAUCUUAAAGAUGGCGAAAACUUAAUUAAUAUUGAAGUAACAGCUGAAGAUGGCACUGCAAAAAAGUAUAUGAUUGAGGUGACCAAGCUUUCUGCCAGCAGUGCACUACUAACGGAUCUCAAAAUAACUGGAGUUCUGAACCUUGUGCCACCGUUUGCCUCAAAUGUAUAUGAAUACUCAUGUACAGCACCAUUCUUUUUAAACACUGUAAUUCUGCAGCCAACUCUUCCAGACAAAAACAUGAAGGUUUGUGUUAAUGACUCAGAUGUUGCAGAGCCAGUUUUAUUGAAUGUUGGAGACACUCUGCUCAAUGUAAAGGUUUCUUCAGCAGAUGGCACCAAAGCCCAGGUUUAUGUUGUCGUGAUCUCCCGCAUGCAGCUUCCUCAUUUAGUGAGCUUUAAUGAUAUCAAGGAUCAGGUUGAGUUUGAGUGCCCUGUCUCCCUAACAGCAUUGUAUAGACCUGUCUCUAUUAAUGGAAGUGAUCCCAAGCACACUUUCUCAGCUCCAUACAUUGAAUUACUAACUCGAAGGUCAAAAGUCGACCCUCUUGAUGAGCAACCUUUGAGAAAGAACUGGAGAAAUCCAGAGUAUGACCUGGAUAAAAGGAUUUCAGCUGCUUCUGUGCGCUGCUGCUAUGCUUAUCGAGGUUGUAGUAGUGUUUUGAAAUUGACAGAGCUUGGACAUCAUUUGAAGGAGUGUCCUAAUAAACCUCCACCAGAAUUGGAAGUAAAGAUUGUUACAGACACUGAAUGGUACAAAACAGAUUUUGCAUCUUCAAAUAAAUUGGAAUUUCAAAAAAAGCAUACUCUACAGAUUCGGAACUGGGAGAAAAGACUUCAGCAAGCUAUUGGUGACAACGACAUUGAAAAGCUGUGCUCCAAUGCUGAAGAACAAAUUCAAAUAUAUAAACAAAGGCUUCCCAAAUCAGGCAAUUGUUUUUCUUUAAAUUAAGUGACUUUGACAUAAUCAAACUGAUGUACAAGAUGUUAAAUGUUAUAACAGCAAACAGCAACAUAAAUUUAACCUUCAACCUUAGACUGCUAAGAAUUAGAUCAAGUCAUUUAAACAGUUAUGUCUCAAAGAACAAAAACAUAUUUCCAUUGCAUUUCUGCUGUCUUGUGAUGAAAUUGAAUUGUUUCUUUCUUUUUUAUGCUUUUCCCCUCAUAGCAAUUUAGCCUGUAUUUGUGUACCCAAUAUGACAUUUGAGACCAGUUUUAACUGAUGUCUUACUUCCUCCAUCCUUAGCAACCAAUACCUCUGUUGCCAAGAGGUCACUUCUUAAAAUGAACAUAAAAGAUCAGGGAUAACAUCAGUCUCAAACAGCAGAAAAUCCAAUGUUAAAAAGGCUGGUAAUAGUACAAAAAGACACUGUACACAUGUAUCCAGUACAUACCUGUCAACAUUGAGCUCAGCGCUCCAAAACAGUCCUUCACUGGUAGGGUUACCAUAUGACUCAAUUUUGGGAAAUAGGGGGGCAAAUCGUUUUGAAAAUUGAUGCUAAACUGUUUUGAAAGUUUAGCACCAGAGAGCCUACUGGAGCUAAAUUAUCAAACCCCAUCCUAAUCAAGCCCCCUCCCCCACUCUUUGAUUAAUUUUUAGUGUUUUGUGUUGCAGUAAAUAUUUUUAACAAAAUGUACUCUGUAUCUAAUCACACUAAU